AUGAAUCUUAGCUCUGAUCAGCUUCUGCCUGAGGAUUAUUAUCUGGCGGAAGAGGGUUCAUUACUGGAGGAAAUGGCAGAAGAAGAUGAAGAGAUUGAUCUCUACAAUGAGGAGACAUUUGGUUUAGAUCAAGACUCUGUAGAGGAAAAGAAAAGCAUACAUGAAGAGGAAAAUGAAAAUACUGUGUUGAAGUCUGAACGGUUUCAAGAAAAUGAGUUGACAGACCCACCACCACCUAUAAUAAUGGAAAGUACUACUGAAAAGUCAUCUAUAAAUGAGGUUAAAAUUGUGGUAGAACCUCUUAAAUCUGAAACUAAAUGUUCUACAACCGCAGAGAGUCAUCCUGAAAAUGGGGAUAUGGAUGAAGCUGAACUAGGAGACCCAGCAGUAAUGCGGGCAUUUCACGGAAAGCCUACUCUGGAGAGUUUGGACAGCGCUGUAGUUGACAGUGGAAUUUGCUCUUCAUGGGGUGAUUUUGACUCUGAAUAUGAACUGACUAGAAUGGAUUCAGGACUAUGGGAAUCCUCUCAAAAUGCUCAGUCAGCAGCAGGCCAAAUACUGGAGGACCAAGCCAUUCUGCGAGUAAUGGAAAAAGCACCUUACAUACCACCAGCCAAUUUAGAAUUCCUAGGAUCUCCUAUGCAAAGGGGAUUUAUGUGCUCACCAAGACUCAAAGGCCAGGAAAUGGGUUGUCUUUCACCCAAGUCAUUCCGGCAACGCUUCACAAAGCCACAAUCGCCUGUAACUCCUCGCUCCAUAAGGCCAUCCUUUCCAUUUACACCUCCCAGAAGGACUCCCUCAAUCUUUUCACCAAACCAGUCUCCAGGUUUUAUGUCUCAGACUCCUUUUCGGCCAAUGUCUCCUAAUGUCAGCACUCCAGUUCGGCCUAUGACACCAAAAAUGGUCAGGAUGCACUUUGGUCCAAUGUCUCCUAGUCCAAGCGUAUCCCCAUUCUUCAGUCCAAUGGGAAGCACAAUGCAGAGAUUUAGGUUUCCAGGGCAUGUGACUCAGUUACAUCCUCAACAUCGGAGGAUCCUUAGCCAACGGCAGCGAACACAGAGCUCAAAUCGGAAAAAGUGGGAUUCUAGACCUGAUCCGUAUGCUAGUUUAAUGUCUCAGAAAGAAAAAGAAUGGGUAAUUAAAGUACAGAUGAUCCAAUUACAAAGUGAGAAUCCACAUUUGGAUGACUAUUAUUACCAGGAAUACUAUGAGAAGCUAGAACGAAAACUUGCUGAGGAAGAACUUUUGGGAGAACGCAAAAAACGUGAGCCCACUAAACUAGUUACUCCUUACAUACAAAAGGCAGAGACUUAUGAAUCAGUGGUUCACUUUGAAGGUUCACUUGGACAAGUGGCUGUUUCAACUUGUUAUUGCCCACGAAGAGCGAUCGAUGCAGUUUAUUAUGCCAUCCCAGAUGAAGAUAUUAAAGCUAUUGGGCACCAGCGGUUGAGGAUUCUUAAACGCAUUGAGAAGUUGUUCUUAAUGCUGUUAGAGGUUGAAGAACUAGAACGAAAGAUCCCACAUUUGCCAGAAGAGCAGCAUGUCCGCUUCAAGCAGAAACAGAACUAUAAAGUGCAAAGACUCUAUGAAGCCCUAAAUGUCCGACCAUGUAAUGAUAAUGAGGAAACGGAUAAUCAGUAUUUGCAGCUGUUAAAAGUGGGGAAAGGCAAAAAGUUAACAGCUCGGCUCCUUCCAUUUCUGCAGCAUGAGCAGGCAGAGGAGAUACUUCGUGUCAUUGUUCAACACUUGGCUUUUCUCAUAAAGAAUGAUGCUGUUGAAGAGUCUCUUUCAGUUCUCUAUAGUCCUGUGACUGUAAUAAUUAAUAGACUGUCAUUUACUGAGCUAAUUGAAAUUCUUCAAGAACUCACAAGACCACUGCUGGAGACUUGUGAUUCGCCUCUUACUAUGGCCUUUCAGAAUCAGUUUGGAAUAUCUCUUCUGUAUUCUUUAUUGAGCCAAGGAGAACGCCUGCUCUCAUCUGACACCCCAAUGGAACCAUCAAUUGGAGACUUUGAAAAAUGGACUGACACAGUGUUCCUGGUUGCAAAGGAGCUCUCUCAUGUUUCAAAGUCUUCCAUGGUCGAACCCCUUUUCUUGCCCAGUAAUUUGAUCUCUUUAUUCUGUCGUUACCUGGACAAACAGACCAUUCACAGACUUGAGGACCAAAUGGAGUGUCCUGCAGCUCCCCCCUACACAGCUGUACCUUCAUAA